AAAGAUAGCUCCGCGGCCACACUGCACUGAAACCCAACUAAAAUCUAUAUAAUUUUUUUCCUCGCGUUUUUCUAGCAUUAUCAAAACUAUUUUGCAAUAAAAUGGCUGGGAAGCGGCAAGCCACGUCAAAUCUGAACCAUGAUAACUGGGACCAGGAGGAGGAGCCUGAGGACCGUGGCAUUUUCAAGACGGCAACACAGGAGGAGCUGAAAACACGCGUUAUCAAGAAGGCGCGACGAUCCAUUGCCGGUGCGUCCACGGAUGGUGACGGCGGCGGGGAAACUUCGAAAAGCAUAUUCAGUGGAUUUUCAGGUUUUGGCAAGCCGGCUAACGCAUCGGCUGCAGGCUCGCCGUUUGCAUACCUAUCGAAUCCGGCGCCGGCAUCUACAAGUGGCGAAGCGCCAAAGGCCACAUUUUCGUUUUUGUCCAGUUCCAGCAAAAUCAAUACAAAGCCAGAUGGCGAAGCGGCGGCUGCACCUUUGCAGACCCUUGCCAGCAGCAGUAGCAGCUCAGCGGCAAGUACCAGCGGUGGUUCGGGAUCCACUUCAAUUUUCGGGAACGUUUAUUCUGCAAAAAAAGAGGCCAAGCCUUCGUCGGCCAGCAGUACUACUACGCCAUUUUUUGGCAACGUACAAGCGGGCAAAAAGGAUGCCGCCGCCAUUCCUUCGUUCUCUUUCGGAAGCGCCACAAUGCCUGUAAAGCAAUCAACAUCUGCACAAAGCACUUCUAUAUUCGGCAACGCGCCAGCUGUUAAAAAAGAUAACGCCAAACCCUCGUCGUCCCUUGGAGAGACAGUCCCAGCAGCAACUACUCCUGCUUCCACUUCAAUUUUCGGGAACGUGUCUCCUGCUAAAAAAGACGUCAACAUACCCUCGAUCUCGUUUGGGGCUAGAAAAGCGGCAGUAAAGGUGUGCACAAGUACCACUGACGGUACCAAUCCAAGCAGCUCAAUAUUCGGCAAGAGUUUGGCUGCCAAAAAAGAUGGCAGCGCGGUAAGCGGGCCAGCCAGCGCCAAGCCAUCGCCCAGCAAGGCAGCAGCCUCCGGCACAGAGUCCUCUGAGUACAGCGAGAAUGUGGCCGACUUGAACCGUGCACUGCUGAAGUUUCUAACAGAAUGCCUGGACAAGAGUGCCUAUUGGGUACUGACCCCAGUAUUCAAGAAAUAUGACGAGCAUCUGAAGGAACUCCAGGACGAGGACAGUGCCAAAACUAAGACAAACACGGCUUUGAAGCCUCCAGCUACAGCUGCAGCUAUGCCCAAGAUGCCGAGCACCCCAGCAGCAACACCAGUCGCUGAUACAGCAACGUUUUCCUUUGGCAAACCUGCCACUCCCAUCACUGGCUCAACGUCGCCGUUCUUCGCCAAGAAGCCGGCUACCAGUACAAUUACCAUCGGCAGCACAUCGACCACUACAACCACACCGAUGUUCUCCUUUGGCAGCACUCCAGCUGGGCCUCCCAAUGCAGCAGCAGCGUCCACGAAAACACCUCCCUCCACACCAGCCAUGAUGCGGUUCUCGCCAAAGCCUUUGGGGGAGAGUAAAACUGAGGAUGUCUCUAAGCCAGGCUUCUUUAGCCUUGGGGCUAAGGAUAAUUCCAGCAGCAAGGCAGAAACGGCCGCCGUGCCACUGAAAACAAAUGGCUUCAGCUUUGGCUUCAAGAGUGGCGGCGAUGAGAAACCUGGAGGUAGCUCCUCGCUAUUUGCGGGAUUCGGCAGCUCCGCUGGAGCGGCUGGAGGAGAUGCCAAGCCUUCGACUGGCUUCUCAUUUACCCCUGGAGCCACACCGUUCUCCUUUGGCAAUAUAAAGCCGCCAGCUGCAGCUGCAGAGUCGGCUGGCAAUGCGGAGGACCAGGAUGAAGAGGACCAGCCACCGAAAGUAGAGUUCAAGCAGGUUGUCGAAGAGGAUGCAGUCUACUCAAAACGCUGCAAAGUGUUCGUAAUGAAGGGUGCGGACUAUGCCGAUCGAGGAGUGGGCAUGUUGCAUUUGAAGCCCGUGAAGGAUUCGGAGAAGGCGCAGCUGAUUGUGCGUGCCGACAACAAUAUUGGUCAGGUCCUGAUCAAUCUGAUGGUCGGCAAUGGCCUGCCCUGCCAACGCAUGGGCAAAAACAAUGUAAUGAUCAUGAGUCUGCCCAUGCCGGAGGACACCAAAGUUGUGUCGAUUCUGCUGCGCGUUAAAACUGCGGAAGAGGCCGACGAGUUGUUGGCGAAACUACAGGACUACACCAAGUGAAGAUUCGCACGGCAAAUUCAUGUUAU